ACAGAUUUUUGAAUUAGAAACAUGGAGUUUGACCUGCAACCGUUACGAAUGGUGCAGGCUUUAAACCAAACGCAAGCUCGUUAGUUAUUAUAGUCUUACAAUGAAUAAAUACGUGCAAAUGUUAAUGUACGACCCACGAGAUUUAUACGAAUAGUAAAGUCGUGAACGUUCGUAUCAUUUAAUAAGUAUAAAUUAGAAACGGCGGGAAUCUUGCAAAGUUCGGUGAUCGUGUAUCUACAUGGCAAGAAAAAAUUCAAUAUGUUUGAAACAAACAUCUUCUAGCAAGAUUUGAUUCACUCCUAUGUAGAAAGAGACACAUGAAAAACGUGAAGAAUGGAUCUUGAGAACAAAGAAAAAGAAUUUCAAGAACAUUAUAACAAAAUUUGUGGGAGAAGUAGACUGUCCUGUAGAUAUGAGGAUCCAGGGGAAAAAAUGGAAAGAAUGGAGACUUCCACGAAAGAGAAAGAAAAAUUGGACAAAGAUUUGAGGACUGCUAGAUGUGAUCUUGCUGUGAUUAGAAGAAGCCUGGGUAGCGAAAGAGAAACUCACGAGUCAGAAACAGAUGAGGCUACCAAAAAUGCACAAAAAGAAUUUUCUUCUAUCUUUGAAUUUAAAUUUCAUAAACGUCAUUCAGCCCAAUUUGAGAAGCUCUCCAAAGAAAAGAGUGAAUUGGAAGCACAGUUGGAUAAUAAAAAGAAGGAACUUCAAGAAAAACAAAAGAAGAUAUUUAAUUUGCAAGAUAAAGUUAGCCAGUUGGCUCAGUUAGAAAUGAAACUUGAAGAGAAAACAAAAAGAUUAGAAACUUUUAAUAAAGAGAGAGAUAUAUUGGAAAGGGAAUUAGUUGCAACAAGGUCAGAAGUGACUGGAAUAAAAAGAACACUAGAAUUAGAACGUCAGGAAAGAAGAGAUUUAGAAACUAGGGCUCUCAGUUUAAUAAAAGAUGCAAAACGUAAGUGGGAGAAUGCGGAAAAAGACAAAGUUGCACAGCUCAAUAAACACAUAGAAGCUCAGACUAUAAGAAUUACUGAAUUGUGCACAAGCAACAAUGAAAUGAGUUCAAGACUACAAAGGACAGAGUGUGAACUUCAGACUGCAAAUGCAGAAUUGCAUAAACUUAGGGUAUUUCAGAUGCAAUAUAAAGAAUCUCUAGCUAAAACUAGAGAACUUAGCAGACAAAGUGUUCAAGGCGUUGAAACCAAACUUGAAGAAAUAGCUACACGAGCACACAAUCAGCUGGCUGAAUUAAGAGCAAAAUUAGAUGUGGAAACAGCAAAGAAUAUAGAUUUGGAUGCUAAAUUAAGAAAUGAACAAGAUUCUAAUCAUUGUCGCCAAUCAAGGUUAAAUGUUGCUUUAGAGUUGGCGCAAAAUGAACUUAAAGAGUGUCAGGAACAAUUGCGUAGUAUACAAGCUACAAUUCCAGCCAGGGACACUGAAAUAGAAGCUUUGAAAAAACAAUUGCAAGAAAGAUCAAAGCAAUUGGACAAUGCUAUGACGACAGAACAAAUGGUGACCACAUUACAACAACAAUUGGAGAGGUCAAAACUUGAGAAUGAACAAUUGAGACAGCAAUUAGAAGUGAUGAAGUCUGAUCUAAGUGAAACCAUGAUGAAUUUAGAACAAAGUGAAGCUCUUGCAAUGAAUUUAGAACAAGCUGCACAGGACAAAGCAGCAUUGCAGAAAAGGUUGCAGGAUUCUUUGGAGAAAGAAGAGGAACACCUACGAAAAGUUGGUAAUUUAGAAGAAUUACUGAGACGUUUAGAGCAUAGUGUUACCAAACUGGAAGCAGAAAAUGCUACCUUGAAAAUGGAAACAGAACAAACCAGCGCCGUUGUUACUCCUAAAGUGGCUGUGCUAAAAAUCGAUACUCAUAAAGAAGAACAAGUACAAAAAUUAGAACAGGAAAUCCAAACGAUGAGGGACAUUAUCAAUGUAGAACGGCAGACGUCAAAGCAAGCGCAGAUCAAUUUAUGGAAGAAGGAGAAAGAAUUGUCAGAAGCUAAUUUGGAUAAAAGAAUUGCUUUGAGGGAGAGUAAAAGGGCGGAAGACAAAGUAAAAAUAUUGCAAGAAGAGAAACAAAAGAUAUCAGAAAGGUUGGAUCAUAAAAUAAAAGAAGAAGAGGAAAGAUCGAGAAAACUCCUUAAGGAAUUAGAUAGCGCGAAGGCAUCGUUAAAUGACAUAACAAAAGAAUCGUCUAGAAAUAAAAUGCAGGCCGAUUCCGCUCAAAGAGCCUUGACUCAGGCUAACCAUCAAAUAGAAGAACUUCAAUCGUCAAGUGCUUCGUUGCGCAGAGAAUUAGACGCAGCACGCAAGCAAUCGCGAGCAAGUCAAGACAGAGUGGACAGUUUGAGCACGGAAAAUAAACGACUAACCCAGAAGAUUGCCAAGCACGCCGAAGAGAAGAACGAAUUGGAAUCCAGAAUAGAAAAGUUGGAGCAAGAGAUCAAAGGCUACGAACUGAACAUAGAACUUCUCAAGGAAACUUGUACAGUAUUGGAGGAACAGCUAAUAGAUUACGAAAGGUUGACAAGUGACCAUGAAACACGGGAGAAUAUACUCAUUCAAGACAAGAUGAAGUUGCAGAAAGAUUUAGAAAUAACGGAGGCGAAACUUCGCGAAAUGCGUACUACUCAGAACGAGGAAAGAUCGUUAAGAUUGGCGGCGGAACGUAACUUGGAAAGACUCGAGUCAGAAGCCAGCGACAUAGACAGCGAAAGGAACGGUUUACUGGCUCAGAGAGAUCAGUAUAAGAAGCUUGUACAGGAACUCAGUAGUCAAGUGGAGGAAUUAACGACGAAAUCCGGGGAUUUGGAGUGCGACCUCUCAGAACUGAAACGUACUUUAGAAAUAGCCAAAGCUGAGUCAAGAGUAGUGAAGGAAGAAAGUAGCCAGCAUUUAACGCGAUUCCAUGAACUGAAAGAAGCGAACUUCGCGCUUAUGAAUGAUUUGCAGAACAGCGUGGAUCAAGGUCAGGAAUUACGAAUGAGGAUCUCAGAAUUGGAGAGUAUCUUAGAGGAGAUGAGACAGUUUUAUCAGGAGAGAGAAGUCAAAGCGGAAAGCACCAGACAACAGCAAACGAAGUUGAUAGAUUACCUUCAGUUCAAGUUGGAGGAAUGUAGUAAAAAGAAGAAAACCGUGUGCGAUAAAAUUCUCGGCACUAAACAGAAGGAGAACAUUCCUCCGAGCGGAACCGGGAUGCCAGUUGGUUACCGUGAAUUAGAAAACCAGUUGGCAAAAGAGCGAGCAAAGGUUAAAGCGUUGACUGAUCAGUUAUUGGCACUGAAAGCUAUGCACAAAAUGGUGCCUUAUGUUGCACCGGAACCUGGCGAAGAGGUGGUGAUCUCCGGCAUCGCCGGUCGAUUCCCGGAAUCCGACAACAUGGCCGAGUUGAAGGAGAACCUGCUGAACAAAGUGGACCUGAUCACGGAUAACUAUGAGCGAUGGAGACUAGAUCACGCUGAUAUACCUCGGGAAGGCGGCAAGGUGUCCGGCUUGUCCAAAUUCGAUGCCAUCUUCUUCGGCGUCCACUACAAGCAGGCGCACACGUUGGACCCCAUGUGCAGGAUGCUGCUGGAGCAUGCGUUCGAAGCGAUCCUGGACGCCGGGAUUAAUCCCAAGAAAUUGCGGGGAUCGAAUACAGGGGUUAUUAUCGGGUCCUGCAUCAGCGAGUCGGAAAAGACUUGGUUCUAUGAGAAAUUGCAGACGAACGGCUUCGGGAUCACCGGUUGCAGCAGAGCCAUGCUGGCGAACAGGAUCUCCUACUACUUUGGGUUUCACGGCCCAUCCUACGCGAUGGACACAGCAUGCAGCUCGAGUUUAGUCGCGCUGGACCAGGGCUACAGAUUGAUUCGAACGGGCGUCUGCGAUCAGGUGCUCGUGGGUGGUUCAAAUCUAUGUCUCCAUCCUUACGUGUCUCUUCAGUUCGCUCGUCUCGGUGUCUUGUCCACGGACUGCCGCUGUAAAUCCUUCGACGAGAGAGCGAACGGCUACGUAAGAAGCGAGGCGAUCAGCGUGGUUCUGCUGCAAAAAGCGAAAGACGCGAAACGAGUUUACGCGAAGAUAAUCUACACGAAAUCGAACUGCGACGGAUACAAGGAGCAAGGGAUCACGUUCCCCGCCAGCGCUAUACAGAAAAUGCUACUAGAAGACUUCUACCAGGAAUGCAAACUGCCUCCAACUUGCUUGUCCUAUUUAGAAGCUCACGGUACCGGGACCAGUGUAGGCGAUCCUGAGGAGCUAAAUGCCAUCGAACAAGUUUUCUGCAGAAACAGGACCUCUCCUCUUAAGAUUGGUUCCAUCAAGUCCAAUCUAGGUCACGCCGAACCUGCCAGCGGUCUUUGCUCUGUAGCUAAGAUUAUAAUUGCAAUGGAGACUGGACUAAUUCCACCGAAUCUACACUUUAAAAACCCUCCGAAGGGUAUAAAAGCCUUCGAGGAAGGACUGCUAGAGGUGGUCACAGAUCCAAUACCAUGGGAUGGUGGUUACGUGGGCAUAAAUUCGUUCGGUUUCGGUGGUGGAAAUGCUCACAUUCUAUUGAAAUCUUUCACGAAGGAGAAGGUGAACAACGGCGCACCUACCGAUGAGUUGCCUAGACUUGUCACUGUGUCUGGCCGUACCGAAGAAGCUUUAGAAACUUUCUUGGAUUAUGUGGAAAGUAUACCAGUCGAUGUGGAGUAUAUUCGACUGCUACACGACAUUUAUGCUGAAAAUAUAGCUGGACACUUGUCCAGGGGAUACACCAUUGUUGGGUCAAAAGUAUCGAAGGAACCACUUAGGGAAAUUAAGGAAUAUUCGGGAAUAAAAAGACCUAUUUGGUUUGUUUUCUCUGGAAUGGGAUCUCAGUGGCCUGGCAUGGGUGAGUCACUGAUGAAGUUCCCCAUCUUUGCCAAGGCUAUACAAAAGUGCGAUGCAGCUCUGAAACCUUUUGGCGUGGACAUCAUCGAUAUCAUUACAAACAAGGACAAAAAGACCUUCGACAACAUUUUAAACUCAUUUGUGGGAAUUGCUGCGAUUCAGAUUGGUCUGGUGGAUCUAUUAACGUCUGUGGGUAUUGUACCCGACAACAUAAUCGGUCAUUCUGUGGGAGAAUUGGGCUGUGCUUAUGCGGAUGGAUGUUUCACUGCAGAGCAAAUGGUUCUCUCAGCCUAUUCCAGAGGUUUGGCAUCUUUGGAGACGAAGAUGAUCCAUGGAUCCAUGGCGGCGGUUGGUCUUGGAUACGAGGACAUAAAGGACCUUUGUCCACCGGACAUAGAGGUUGCUUGCCACAACGGUCCAGACAGUUCCACCAUCAGCGGCCCAGCAGAGUCCAUGAAAAAAUUUGUAGCUGAAUUGCAGGCCAGCAAGGUCUUUGCGAAGGAAGUACCGUGCAGCAACAUCGCCUAUCACAGCCGUUACAUCGCUGAAGCUGGACCAAAGCUGUUGGCAUAUCUGAAAAAAGUGAUCCCUGACCCGAAACCCCGAAGUCCAAAAUGGUUGAGCACGUCAGUGGCCCGGAGUCAAUGGUGUUCCCCAGAAGCACAAUUUUCUUCUGCAGAAUACCACACUAACAAUCUCUUAAAUUCUGUACUGUUUGCGGAGACUGCUACAAUGAUCCCCAGCGAUGCGAUAACCAUCGAGAUCGCUCCGCACGGUCUCCUCCAGGCUAUUUUGAACAGAUCAUUGGAUCCGGAAGUCACAAACAUUCCGUUGACGCGACGUGGUCACGAAGACAAUGCCGUGUACUUACUGCAAGCUCUUGGGAAGCUCUACAACGUGGGAUUGCAACCGCAACUGGCAAACAUUUAUCCGCCUGUUCAGUUCCCUGUUAGUCGUGGCACUCCCAUGGUCUCUCCUCAUAUAAAGUGGGAACAUUCUGAGGAUUGGUUCGCGCCAGUCUACAGCCAGCGUCAAAAGAUCACCUCAUCGGAAAGAUUCGUCGAGAUUGAUUUGAAAGACGAAUCCUACGAGUACAUGGUUCAUCACGUGAUUGACGGAAGAAACCUGAUUCCAGCUACUGGCUACCUGAUUAUGGUUUGGGAGACUAUCAGUAUGUUACAGGGGAAGUUGUUCGACGAAGUAUCCGUCGUUUUCGAAGAUAUCAGAUUCGAGCGGGCGACUACCAUUCCCAAGGAGGGCUCUAUCGAAUUAACAGUCAUGAUUCAGAGAGGUUCUGGGAAGUUCGAGAUAUCCGAGAAGUCCACAACUGUGGUAACAGGAGCAAUUCGCGUUACAAAUAAUCCUACACAAGAGAUGAUCUCCCCCGAAUUUCUAACGGAAAUAGAUGACGAAGAAGCUUUGACGACCAAUGACAUUUACACGGAGUUGAAGCUCCGCGGUUAUGAUUAUACAGGGGUGUUCCGUGGAUUGAAAAGCGCGUCCCUUCAAGGAACGAGGGGGCACAUUCUGUGGAGGAAGAACUGGGCCGCCUAUCUGGACAACUUGAUGCAGAUCAAAUUACUAGGCAUUGAGACCAGAGCUCUGUUUGUACCUACAGCUAUCAGGAAGCUGGUUGUGGACGUUAAGGCUCACACUGAGAAGGUUCGAAAUUUUACAGAUGACACAAUCGAUCUACCGGUUUACGUGUAUAACGAACAUGACGCGAUAAUCUCUGAAGGUGUGGAAAUCCGAGGGUUAAAAGCGAAUGCUAUACAACGACGGAAAACAAUGGCGUACCCAAUUCUGGAAGAGUACAAAUUCGUAGCUAACCGGGACAAAGCGGAGACCAGCCUAGAGGAAAUGAUUAUACUGUCUUCCCAAAUAGCUCUUGACAGUAAUAUAGUAAUGAGUCCGAAGAUCGUCGAGUUGAUCGAUCUUGAGGACAACUUGUCUGUUGAAGACGUCCUCACGCCUACCAUCCUCAAAGUAUUCGGAGACCUGCCGAUGAUUCGACCAAAAAUAGUGCUCGCCGCUAAUACAGAGCAGUACGAGAAAUUAUCAGAACUUGAAAAUGUUACUAUAAUAGAACCGAACAAAUUGCCGGAGGAUGGCUCUGUCUACAUGGCAGUCGCUUACAACAUCUUGACAAGGAAGAGGCAACAUUAUCUGGACCAACUUAUGCAGUCACUUCCCGAGUAUGGGUUUAUUUUGACUAAAGAGACUACAGUAAAUAGUGAUACUUACAAGUAUAUUCAAGAAUAUGAACUAAGCGUUAUACUAGAGAAAUGCUGCCAGGAUGAAAUACUAUUGUUCUUGAAGAAACGAGAAAGAUCUCCUCCAAACACUGAGGUUGUCUUUGUUAACAAUAAUGAGUUUAGCUGGCUAAACAAGGUGAAAGAAGUGUUGCAGACUGAAGGUGGGAAGAAGAGCCAUGAGAAGGAUGUGAGAUUAGUCCUGGUCGCAGAUGAGGACCUGGACAACGGUGCUCUAGGUAUGGUGAAGUGUUUAAGGAGAGAACCUUGCGGGGAAAUCGUAAAGGCGGUGAUAAUACAGGACGAGCAUGCCCCCAAAUUCUCAUUGGAUGAUCCGUUCUACUAUAAUCAGCUUGACAUUGACAUUGGUAUCAAUGUCUUGCGGCCAGGAAAGGUUUGGGGUACUUACAGACAUUUACCUUUACCGCCAGUGAAACCGAUCCCCUUAGCUCAUGGCUACGUAAACUACAAGGUGAGAGGAGAUUUGAGUUCCUUCCAAUGGAUGGCAGGUAGCAUUAAACCCGACUUGCAAAACAAAAAUCUCAUUAAAGUAGUCUACGCUUCCUUAAACUUUAGAGACGUUAUGUUAGCCACUGGUAAAUUGAUGCCAGAAACCAUUAUAACUCAAAGACAGUUAAACAAUUGCUUGAUCGGAUUCGAGUUCAGUGGAAUAGACACCAGUGGGCGUAGAGUAAUGGGAUUCACUCAAAAAUCUAUAUCAAACUUCACCAUACCACAGGAGCAAAAUGUAUGGAUCGUACCAGACGAAUGGUCGCUUGAAGAUGCAGCAACGGUUCCCAGUGCCUACUUUACUGCGAUGUACGCUUUCUAUCUCUUUGCGCAAUUACAGAAGGGCGAGAGAGUACUGAUUCACGCUGGCAGCGGUGCAGUUGGCCAAGCUGCUAUUAACAUAGCUCUUUCCGAGGAAUGCGAAGUCUUCACUACUGUAGGAACAGCAGAGAAGAGGCGAUUUAUCAGGGAAACGUUUCCCUCUAUCCCUGACGACCACAUUGGUAAUUCUCGAGACACGAGUUUCGAGCAAAUGGUAAUGAAACAAACCAACGGGAGAGGAGUAGACGUUGUUUUAAAUUCACUGGCAGAGGACAAGCUGCAGGCUUCCGUCCGAUGUUUAGGAUUCCGUGGUCGUUUCUUGGAAAUCGGUAAAUUUGACUUAGCGGCGAACAAUCAACUGGGAAUGGAGAUUUUCUUAAAGGAAAUCAGCUUCCAUGGAGUCCUAUUAGACAGGGUAAUUGCUGGAGUUCGUUCAGAUAUUUGUAAACAAUUGCACGAGUUUAUUCAGGAGCAACUAUUGAAUAAGACUAUAAAACCUUUAAAACGAAAGUGUUUCGAGAAACACGAAAUAGAGGCUGCUUUCAGACAUUUGGCUGCUGCAAAGCAUAUAGGAAAGGUUUUGAUCAAGGUAAGCGACGAGAAUGAACCCUUCAACACGCCUGUGCUGAGCUACCCUAUCUUUAACGCCGAACCGAAUAAGAGCUACGUGAUUGUUGGCGGUCUGGGUGGUCUAGGACUAGAAUUGGCUGAUUGGUUGGUGAUUCGAGGCGCCAGAAACCUGGUGAUUAUUUCUCGCAAUGGAAUAAAGACUGGUUAUCAACGAUUAAGGACCGAAAUCUGGAAGUCGUAUGGUGCGAAAAUUUUGAUCAUUUCCGGUGUGGACGCAUCGAAGUACGAAGACUGCGAGUUUAUCUUGAAAUCCGCGGAAAAGCAAGCGCCAGUCGAUGGAGUCUUUAACUUGGCUGCGUUGUUGAACGACUGCUUGAUAGUGAAUCAAACGGAGAAUUCAUUCGAGGAGAGCAUGAAACCCAAGGCUGGCAUUACCAAACAACUAGACAUGUUAACAAGGAAGAUUUGCCCACAACUUCGCCAUUUCAUUGUGUUCUCUUCUAUCUCGUGCGGAAGAGGGACUCCUGGCCAAACCAAUUACGGUAUGAGUAAUUCGGUAAUGGAAAGGAUCUGCGAAAGAAGAGUACAAGAAGGUCUGCCAGGCAUGGCGAUAGAAUGGGGAGCAGUAGGAGAGGUUGGCCUGGCCGCUAAGAUGCUAGAGGAAAAGAAACAGCUCGUGGUCAGCGGAACUUUGCAACAGAGAAUAUCCUCGUGUUUGGAAGAGUUGGAUACGUUCCUCUGCCAAAGUCGGCCGAUUGUGGCCAGCAUGGUAGUAGCAGAGAAACGUCCAAGUGCUAACGAGGCUAGCACGGUUAUUGAAGCAGUGAUGGCCAUUAUGAAUAUAAAGGAUCUCAAAUGUAUUAGCCAGAACUCGUCCUUAGCCGAUCUCGGAAUGGACUCCAUGAUGGCUGUGGAAAUAAAGCAAACCCUAGAACGAGACUUCGGGGUGUUCCUCACUGCCCAAGACAUUCGAGUUUUGAACAUAGCUAAGCUGAUAGAAAUGUCUGCGAAAGAUACUAAAAAACAAGUGAAACAAGUAGUGAAGACAGUUUCGAAAGCAGAGCAAUUAGUUGGCGUUCAGCUAUUAAUGCAAACGAUGACUGUAUCGAUACUGAAUACUAAUUAUUGCAUAAAACUUCCAGUAACACAUACCGAAAAGAAACAUGAAGUAUUCGUUAUACCGGGUAUCGAAGGAAACGAGGCGAUCUUUGAUGUAUUAGUGCCAUAUCUUAAAGUUCCAACUAGUUGUUUACAGCUGGGAAUUUACGAUACAGGGUUGACCAUAGAAGAAAUGGCAGACCGUCUUUUACCUUAUGUUCUAGAUAAAAUCAAGGAACAAAGAGUGUUUAAAAUAGUAGGAUACUCGUAUGGAUCAAUGAUAGCCAUCGAGAUUGUUAGGAGAUUAGAAAUGCAUGGCUUUGUUGGUGAACUUCUACUUCUGGAUGGAUCACCCGAUUACAUGAAGGCCAUAAAAGCACAAAUUCAGUCCUCUUCAGAAGAUGUCUUUCAGAACAAUAUUAUAGUCGAUAUGAUGAAAAUUGCCAAUACGACUCGUGCAACAGAGUUUACGGCAGAAUUGGCCAAAUGCACAACCUGGGAAGAAAAGUUAGAUAGGAUGUCCAAUUAUGUAUCACCUGAAGUGAACAAAACGUAUUCCACUGAGGCACAAAAAGCAAUUGCCACGUUUAUAUACAAGCGUUUGCAAGUAUUAGACAAGUAUAACCCUGAGCCUCUGACACCGCUGAGAACGCUUAUCACAUUACUGAAGCCGACAAUAACUUCCAUACCCAUGCCUGAUGAAACCUACGGAUUGCAUAAGUUGACUUAUGGGAAGGUAACAGUACACGAAUUGGAGGGCAACCACUAUACUAUGCUCAGUAACAAAAAAGUCGCAUUUGCGAUUAAUGGCGACCCUGUACAAGAUCCAAAAGUCUUUAAAGAAGAUCUAACUCAUAUGACUACCGACUUAGAAGUAACGGUGACUAACGUCUGUGGGAAAGGUAGAUCGUAAAAGUUUAAGAGCAUUCCCGCAUUUCUCAAUGAAGUUGAUAAUUUUUCUGUACUUUGCAUUAGUCAUGAAUGAAUAAAAAACACAAUGUUAAUGAAACGUGUUAUAUCUUUAUGUAAAAUCAUCGUAUAUCGUUCACACAUUCGCAACAAACAAUGGCAAACACACACGAUUCACACAGCUAAUUGUAUUGUACUUCGUAAAUCGGACUUAACAUUACGUUUUGUGUACAUAUUAUAUACCAAAUAAAACUACUAUGGUA